AUGCACGCUACACACAUCCCCCCGACUCAGCCGAAGCGGGCUGCCUUCAUCGACAGCAUCGCCAGCCUCUCCGACCCCCUCUCAUCCAUGACAUCCAUUUUCUCUCUCGUCUCCCUCUUGACUCUGGCGUAUCAAGUUCGAUCCCCCCUGCCCUCGGUUCAACAACGCCUCCUCACCUUGAUGCACACCAUGUCACCCGCUUCAAACCCACUAGUGCAUCGAACGGCACCAAAGGGCUACUCUCGUGAGGAGGUCCUCAACUCUUUUAUUCACUUCCUGAGCCCCGUCCUCAACGGUAUGGCCGGCAUGCUCGAGCUGCUGUCUGCCGUCGACGCCUUCUCACGGCCAGAGGACUUUCGCGACUUCUGGAGCCUUGAGCGGAGUAAUCUCAUCAGAGAGUUCAUUGAGAACAGCGGACCUCUCCGGGGCAUGAAGGGCUACGACGUCCCGUUCCUCGAGACCUUUGUCCAGGACCCAACAUGUCGCAUUGCUCUCGGCAAGAAUAACAGCGUCUUGAUGCUGGUGCCAGGAGAUGCCCAAGUUGGUGAUGAUGUCUGGUGGGAUGACGACGAGCAGUGUCUGACUGUGUCGAGACAGGGAGAAGAUGACAUCAUGGGCAACGGAGAGGGUUACCUCGACGAUGGAUCACGGAGAGCUGGAUUGGCGGUGCGAUCUGCUACUUAA